CCUCGCCAAACGACUUGUCCACAUCAGAGCGCAGUGAGCUGUUCCUGCUGCACACAAAUGCCAACGAGCGAUGAGUGCAGCACUUAACUCCCGUAAUGGGGGGGAUACACAUUACUAUUACACACAACCUGCUAUUCUGCGAACUCGUGAGGUGGAUAUCAAGGACACAGUUGUGGAAGACCAUGACAUUGCUUGGGUUUCUCUGUAAUAUCCAUCAGUCUUUGGAUGUGAUUUGAAAUUUAGGCGUACUGAGGACAAUGAGUCUACACCAAGUGCUCACUGGGGCUGUCAACCCCGGGGACAAUUGUUUCUCUGUGGGGAGCAUAAACAACGUACCUUUCACGGCCUAUGCAUCUGGCUGUGACAUUGUAAUCUUGGGGAGUGACUUUGAGAGGCUUCAGAUCAUUCCAGGUGCCAAACAUGGGAACAUCCAAGUGGGAUGUGUGGACUGCUCUCAGCAAGGGGGGCAGAUAGCUGCAUCCUAUGGAAACAUUAUUUGCAUAUUUGAGCCUAUGCAGAUCAGCCCAAAGGAAAAAAUACAAACGAAGUUAAACUACCAUUGGCAAAAAACUGGCCAGUUCGUUUUGGAGUCUAUAGCACACAACCUUGCUUGGAGCCCCACAGGUACUAGUCUCUUGACUGGGUCAGGUUGCUUACAGUUAUGGUCCAAUGUGAAUUUCUGCUGUAGUGCUGAGGGGGAGACAAGUAGCGAUCCUCCAUGUUCAUGGAGGUGUAUAUGGCAGUGCAAGACUGCUUCACCUAUUCACCUAAUGAAGUUUUCUCCAGGUGGAGAAUUUUUUGCCACUGCAGGACAGGAUGACUGUUUGGUGAAGGUGUGGUACAGCACAAGCAAGUGGCAGUCAGACGUUAUGAAGCUUUUCUCUCCCCCUGAGCUUGGCUCUCAAGGGGAGAUUGACUUCUCCUUCAUCUAUUUGGCCCACCCUCGUGCCGUCACUGGCUUCUCCUGGAGGAAGACCAGCAAAUACAUGCCCAGGGGUGCCGUGUGUAAUGUGUUACUGACCUGCUGCAAGGACAGUGUGUGUCGGCUAUGGGCAGAGACCCUGCUGCCCAGCGACUGUCUGCUGUCUGGACUAAGGCACAAUCACAGCAGCAGUAACAACAGCGAUGCACUGAAGUCAAAUAACAUGAAGAAGGCCUUUUGUAAUAACAAAGGCCAGAGUGGGACACCACUGGAGCUGAACUUGACUGAAUCGUGGCGAGGGCCGAUCAGGUGCACGGCCCAGCUAGCUCACACAGGGCUGCUACCUCAUCAGCAGAACAAGCAUUACACUCACAGAGCCAGCACCCCUCAUGCCAAUGCUCUGUGCCACUUCCACAUCGCUGCUAGCAUCAACCCAGCCACAGAUAUCCCGUUACUGCCCUCCAUCUCGUCACUGAGCGGAUCAGAUGAGGAGGAGCCUGGUGGACCUUUUACUGUCCAUUGGCUUAACAACAAAGAGUUGCAGCUCACUCUCACCAUGGAGGUGUUUCUUCAGCAGAUCAGGAGCAGUUUGGAGCAGCAGAACCAACCCCAGGCCAGCCAGGCUGACGAAGACUUUGACGAGGAAGGCAAUGCUGUAAGCCCUGAAGACAAAAAAGGAGAGGCGAACGUUGAUGCAGCCUCCAGCCCUCUCCCCAAAGCUGCGGUGGAACACCAGGUGGAUGUGUUGCUGGGUGACUGGAACAGGGGGGCGGACAUGCUCUUCAGCAUCCACCCCAUGGAUGGCUCUCUGCUGGUGUGGCACGUAGACUGGCUGGAUGAGUAUCAGCCCGGAAUGUUUCGUCAGGCACAGGUGUCUUUCGUGUCCCGAAUACCAGUUGCCUUCCCCACUGGUGAUGCCAACUCGCUUAGCCGUAGCGUGGUGAUGUACGCCUGCAACAAAAAUGUGGACCUGGCCAUCCAACACGGCCGCCAGCGCCCCGCGGGCUUGCCCCGCUCCUCCUCAGUCCUGAUUGGACUAGGCCAGAGCAAGCCAUGCUCCAACAGCCUCCGUCUGAGCAUUUUCACCCCUAACGUGCUGAUGAUCUCAAAGCAUGCAGACGGUUCCCUCAAUCAGUGGGCAGUCAGCUUCGCUGAAGGCUCGGCAUUCUCGACUGUGCUAAGUGUUUCACACAAGUCCCGCUACUGUGGCCACCGCUUUCACCUCAACGACCUAGCCUGCCACUCGCUACUGCCCCUGCUACUCACCACCUCACAUCACAAUGCUCUGCGCACACCUGAGGUAGAAAACAUCCUGGCCCAAUCUUUACCUGGCCCCGCCUCCUCGGGCCAGAAGACCCGGGCAACCCUAAGCGCUGUGUCCCAGGAUCCAAACGCUAUCUACAGUGAGCUGAUUCUGUGGAGGGUUGACCCAGUUGGUCCUCUCUCCUUCUCAGGGGGUGUAUCUGAGCUUGCCAGGAUCAACUCCCUCCAUGCCUCGGCCUUCUCCAAUGUGGCCUGGCUCCCAACUCUUAUCCCCAGCAACUGUCUUGGUGUAUAUGGCAAUUCGCCAAGUGCCUGCUUUGUCGCAAGUGAUGGCCACUUCCUGAGACUGUAUCAAGCAGUCAUUGAAGCCAAGAAGCUGCUGAGUGAACUUUCCAAUCCUGAAAUAUCAAAAUAUGUUGGGGAAGUGUUCAACAUCAUAAGUCAGCAGUCUACUGCAAGGCCAGGUUGCAUCAUCGAGCUUGAGGCCAUUACAGACUUUCAGGGAAAGGAGAUCCAGCUGUUACAUGUGUUUGAGGAAGACCUGAUCUUGGGAAACGAGAAAAAUGAUGAGUGUUCACAGGAGCUCCCGCCUGCCGAGACCGUCUCUAGCCCGGCACUCUUCUCUGCACGUUUCUUUCUGGUGGUGAUCGAGUUUACCCAGAGCAGAAGAUCACUCCUACAUAUGUGGCAUCUGCAGCUGGCAGCAGUUCCUGUUGCUAUCGAGGAGACCUCAACUCCUGUUGAUAAAGACAUAUCGGCUUCGUCACCCAUCAACAACUUUAACUUUGAGUCUUUCAGCUCUCCACCAUCCCAGAGAUCUAAGUUGAGCAGGUCCAACCUGCGAAGUGCAUUUCGCCUCACUCUGACUAAUGAGAGGGUUUUUAGUCAGGAGCUGAGCCUUCCAGAGGGAGUUGAGGUUACACGCGUAACUCCAGCAGCAGGCCACUUGAGCUCAUCAUCCUUGCAGCCAGCUGGACGAGCUCCGUAUCUUCUUGCCACGUCAUGUUCUGAUGGGACUGUGAGGUUUUGGAGUUGUAGCACAGCCUCUGACAAUGAUACUUCUGAUGAAAUUGCACCUACCUACUUCUGGGAUGAAUGGCCUUUACUGGUGGAAGAAGGUCUAGCCAAUACCAGUGCAGUGAGCGUUCCUGGCUGGCCGGUAGGCGUCAGCUGCUGCCACACUAGCAGAGUGGCCGUGGCCUACAAGGAUUUGAAACCUCAGGGACUUACUAAGGAGCCCCUUAUUCAUGUGAGUAUAUUCCAGUGUGAGUCCACAGGAGGGUCCCAGUGGAUGCUAGAGCAGACUCUUAAAGUGGAUAGUUUGGGAAGUAUUCCUAGCAAUGGCUCUGAUAAACACCUGAUUGUGCCAAGCCUCCAGGAUGGUUUGGUGGGGCCUGGGGACUGUUUAGGCACCAGUGGUAAAAGUCUUGUUCACCUAGACUGGGUUUCUAGAGAGGAUGGUUCUCACAUACUGACGGUAGGUCUUGGAUCUAAACUGUACAUGUAUGGACCUCUUCUGGGUAAACCUCCGGAGCUGGGCCUGUCUGACAGCAGCAGGGAGCGCUGUUUUUCCCGGCUUGUUCUGUUGCGGGUAGUGGACUUGGUGUCCUCUGUAGAGGGUUCCUUACCCAUUCCAGUAUCCCUGUCCUGGGUUAGAGAUGGUAUUCUGGUAGUGGGCAUGGACUGUGAGAUGCAUGUCUACUCCCAGUGGCAACCACCAGCUCCAGCCAAAUCAGCAAUGACCACAUGUGAUACAAAUGUUGGCAGUGUUAGCUCUCUUAUAGCAGCAGUGAAGCAAGAGGGGUUAAGUCUUCAGCCUCCAAAAAAGACUCUCACCAGGUCUAUGACCAGUCUAGCACAGAAGCUUAGUGGCAAAAGGACAAUGUAUGACCUUCCAGCUGAGAUGGAGGACUACGGCUUAUUUGAGGCUGCACAUCACCUGUUCCCCACCCUUCCUCAGUAUCACCCAGUGCAGCUUUUAGAGCUGAUGGACCUGGGAAAGGUGCGACGGGCCAAAGCCAUCCUGUCUCAUCUGGUCAAGUGCAUAGCUGGAGAGAUAGUGGCUCUGAAGGACACUGCCGUCAACCAGGAGCGGCGUUUACGAUCCCUCACAAUCAGUGCAAGCGGCAGCACUGCCAGGGAUCCCAGAAUGUUUAGCAAGACAGAGAAUCCAGACUACACGGAGAUCGACUCCAUCCCACCUCUGCCUCUGUAUGCUCUGCUUGCUGCAGAUGAAGAGACAACCCCCAAAGCCAAAGACAAAACGGCCAGCAUCCAUGGUGACAGUGGCCACAGCUCCAGUCGGACAGACACCUACGACGAGCUUUUCCAGGCCACCACUGUGAGCUUGGAUGAUGUGGAUCCUUUAGAUGACGAGGACGAUGAUUCUAAUGCCAAAGUCAUCGAUCUGUCCCAGUAUAGUCCAACUUUCUUUGGCCCAGAGCAUGCUCAGGUUCUGUCCAGCCACCUGCUUCACUCCAGCCUGCCAGGCCUGACGCGAAUGGAGCAGAUGUCCCUCAUGGCCUUGGCUGACACUAUCGCCUCCGCCAGCACAGACAUCGGGGAAAGUCAAGGGAAAAGUCAAGGUGGAGAAACGCUGGAUGAGUGCGGUUUAAAAUUCUUGCUGGCUGUUCGUUUGCAUACCUUCCUGUUGACCUCGUUACCUCCAGCGCAUCGCGCACAGCUCCUCUGUCAAGGAUUGUCUACCUGUCACUAUGCCUGGGCAUUUCACUCUGAGGCUGAGGAGGAGCUGCUCAAUAUGCUUCCUGCCAUGCAGAAAGGAGAGCCCACCUGGCCUGAGCUUAGAGCUAUGGGUGUGGGCUGGUGGCUAAGAAGCACCAACAAGCUUCGCAGGUGCAUUGAGAAGGUAGCAAAAGCGUCUUUUCAAAGGAACAAUGAUCCCUUGGAUGCAGCCCUAUUCUAUUUAGCUAUGAAGAAGAAAGCUGUAGUUUGGGGACUUUACAGGUCCCAUAAGAAUGUGAAGAUGACAGCCUUCUUCAGUAACAACUUUAAUGAGGACCGAUGGAGGAAGGCUGCCUUGAAGAAUGCGUUCUCUCUGCUUGGAAAGCAGCGGUUUCAGCACUCUGCUGCCUUCUUUCUGCUGGCAGGCUCCCUCAAGGAUGCUGUUGAGGUUUGCCUGGAGAAGAUGCAGGACCUACAGUUGGCCUUGGUCAUUAGCAGAUUAUAUGAGUCUGAUUUUGAGACAUCUUCCACCUAUAAGAAGAUCCUACAGAGGUAUGUGUUGGGUCAGGACCACCAGAUCCCAAUGCAUCAGGAUCCAUUUCUACGUAGUAUGACAUACUGGGUCCUAGAUGAUUACAGCAGAGCCUUGGAUACUUUGCUUGAGCAGCCCAACCCAAAUGUUGGCGCUUUAAACCAAGGAACCACUGCCAUUUCUCCUUGCAGUCCAGAGGUUUUCAACUUCUACACCUACCUCAGAACUCACCCGCUACUGCUUCGCCGCCAUUUUGGCUCCUCAGACAAAGCUAAGGUGGGAUUGACUGCAGAAGGUCGCAUGGCUGACUCCAUUAGCCUCAUUGAGAGGAGACUGUUCUUCACAGCUGCUUAUGCCCACUUACAAGCCGGUUGCCCCAUGCUAGCUCUAGAAGUCCUCUCCAAAAUGCCCAAAGUUGUCAAGAGAUCUAAGCUGAUGCUCAAUCAAGAGAAGCCUUCACCUUCUUUUAGUGGUUCUGGCAAAUCAGCUGGCCAGAAUGGUAAAGACCAAGCCUCUACACUGGACUGGUCCCAGCCUAUGCUUAACGGGCUCGAGUCCAUUUCGGACACCUUGUCCUCUCCCAGAGAAGACCACAGCCAGUCAGACUCUGUGCUGAGCUUUGACUGGAGCCAGCCGUCUAUGACCCUGCAGGAUGAACCAUUGGAGUUGAAGUGGGACAGCGACAAGGAAGACUCUGAAGAUGAAGAAGCUGGGCUAGCCAUGAAAAACAUCAAACCGGAAGACUCCACUGUCAUUCAUGACCGUGCUGACUCUACCUCUGCUUCCACAGAUGUGGUGGACAGCUCCCUGCUUCUCUCUGAAGACAUCCUGGCUGCCCGCCUCAAGUUUAGCUCUUGUCUGAAGAUACUCACGGCUGAGCUGCGGACGCUCUCCACAGGGUACGAGCUUGAUGGGGGCAAGCUGCGUCACCAGCUGUGCCAUUGGCUGGAGCGGGAGGUGGUGGCCCUCCAGAGGUGCUGCGGUUACAACCCUUGCCUCCACCAGCUGGCUGGGGGCAUUUCAGCUGACCUCAGUCAGGUUGGUGGUAGUGGAGAUGAGCAAGAGGCCCAAGGGGCUGCUGAGCAGGCCAGAGCAGUGCAGCGCAGACGCAGGCUGUGGCUGCAGAGGAACCAGCCUCUACUGCGCAUCUUCCUCAGCUACUGCAGCCUGCAUGGCUCCCAUGGAGGAGGGCUGGCCUCUGUCAGGAUGGAGCUCAUUCUUCUGUUGCAGGAAUCCCAGCAGGAUGACAGUCCUCAGCUUCCUGUUCAGCAGCAAGCCUUAGUUCCCCUCCUGCUGGCCUGCACAGCCAGCUCCAAAACGGUUGUGGCCAAUCCCAUAGUUCAUCUGACCAACCUGACACAUGACAUCCUGCACAUCAUUAAUGCACUGGACUCCCCUCCCCACCCAGAUGUCAUUAACAAUGAGAUCUACGUGAUGCACACGCUGGCAGCCUCCCUGUCCGCCUGCAUCUAUCAGUGCCUCUGCGACAGCCACAAUUACAGUCAUAUCAACCAGUUUACAGGAACAGUGUACCAAAGCAUCCUUCUUUCCCAUCAGCACCCUGUGCGAACCAUCAGCAUGGAUGAAGCUGUCCUUCCCAACACCUCUCCAGCACAGUGGCCUGGAAUCAGUGCUUUAGUUCGGCUCCUGAGCGCUGCAGGAGAGGAGAACCAGCCGAGUCUGGGGGUGCUGCUUUGCGAGAUCCUCACUGCCGUCUACCUCAGCUUGUUUGUGCAUGGCUUGGCCACCCACUCCAGCAACGAGCUCUUCCGCAUUGUGGCCCACCCACUCAACAGCAAGUUGUGGGUGGCUGUGUUUGGUGGUGGAGCUCGUAUUCCUGUGGUGGAGAAAGCCAGUCCACCUCCAGCCAUGGCAGAGAACCAAGAGCGGAAGCAGAGGCGCUUUAGGAUGCUUUCUUCCAGAAGCAGCUCCAGGGAGGUGCCAGACAGCCCUGCCAGCCCCAGCCCCAUAGUAGAGCAGGAAGCGUCCGUUUUUAAAGAGCGCUUUGUGCCCCCUGAGCUCAGCAUCUGGGACUACUUCAUUGCAAAGCCUUUCUUGCCACCGUCCGCAAGCCGCGUUGAGUAUGACUCGGAGGAAAGCCAGGAGAGUGAGGAUGAGGAAGAAGAGGAAGAAGACAAAUUUGCAGAUGCGUUUGACACCAAUUCUCCCCUUGAAGAACAUUCCAACAACAACUCGUACAGCUGGUGUUUGAUGCGUUUGGCCAUGGUGCAGCUGGUGCUGGUUAACUUGAAGUCGUUCUAUCCCAUGGCUGGCCAUGACCUACUGGAUCUGCCUGUGUGCUCCCCACUGUGCCACUCUGUACUGAAGACUCUACAGCGUUGGGAACAGGUGUUACUAAAGAGACUGGAGAUUUUUGGAGGCCCUCCAUCUAAAUAUAUUUCUACACAGCCUAUGGACAACACCAUGGCAUCUGGCCCUGCUCUUCUUAGACACAAGGCUUUGUUUGAGCCUUUGAAUACACCUUUCAGGUCCCGACAUCAUUCUGCUCUUCCUGUUAAGAGACUGUGGCAAUAUCUGGUCAAACAGGAGGAGGUCCAGGAGACUUUCAUCCGCAACAUCUUCACCAAGAAGCGAGAUCGGAACGAGUCGGUUGAGGACUGCACUGACAGUAUGAAAUAUUCAGUGAUGGAGGAGCCGGGCCUCAAUCAGAUUGAGGCAGAUCUGGGUUACCCUGGAGGGAAAGCGCGCAUCAUCCACAAGGAAUCUGACAUCAUCACGGCCUUUGCCAUCAACAAGGCCAAUCGUAACUGCUUAGUAAUCGCCUCCACCCACGACAUCCAGGAGCUGGAUGUAUCCUCUAUCCUGGCCACUCAAAUACUGACGUGGGUCGAUGACGAGGCGGAGACAGAGGUGAAAGGAGGCGACGACUUCUUGGUGGUCCAUGCCCGGGACGACUUCAGCACUUUGCAUGGCACCACGCCCUACACCAACAGCAGCCCUGGUACUCCCAUUAACAUGCCAUGGUUGGGCAGCCUCCAGACAGGCAGAGGAGCUGCCAUGCUAAUCAAACGGAACAUUAACAACGUAAGGAGGAUGACGUCCCACCCUACCCUUCCGUACUACCUAACUGGAGCUCAGGAUGGCAGCGUGAGGAUGUUUGAGUGGGGCCAUUCACAGCAGAUCACCUGCUUCAGGAGCCCUGGCAACUCCAGGGUUACUAGGAUUAGAUUUAACUAUCAAGGGAAUAAGUUUGGUAUUGUUGAUGCUGAUGGAGCACUUAGUCUCUGGCAGACAAAUACAUCUGGGAACACACCAAAACCAUACCUGACUUUGCAGUGCCAUAAUAAAACGGCUCACGACUUUGUGUUUGUGGGUUCCUCCUCUCUCAUUGCCACUGCAGGCCUUUCCACAGAUAACAGAAAUGUGUGUUUGUGGGAUACUCUGGUGCCCCUGACCAACAGCCUGGUUCACGGCUUCAGCUGCCACGAGUCUGGCGCCACUGUGCUGGCUUUAGCUCCCAAGCAGCAGCUCUUGAUCAGUGGCGGGAGGAAGGGCUGGAUCAGUGUGCUGGAUCUUACCCAGAAGCUCCAGCGCCAGAGCUUCCAGGCCCACGACUCGCCUGUCAAAGCUCUGGCCGUGGACGCCACUGAAGGCUGCUUCAUCAGCGGUUCAGCUGAAGGCAACAUUAAGAUAUGGAGCAUGUCCACCCAGUUCCUGUUGCAUACCUUCCCAAACGAGCACGCCCGGCAGUCACUCUUUCGGAACCUGGGCACGGGCGUCAUGCAAAUUGAGACGGCUCCGGGCAAUCACGUCUUCUCCUGCGGGGCUGACGGCACCAUGAAAAUGCGGGUUCUCCCUGACUGCUUCAGCACGUACAGCAACAAUGUGAAGAACGAUGUCAGGUUCAUCAUGUAGCACAUUCUCAAGCAUGGAACCACUUUUGCACAUGGUAAGACGAGCAAUAUGAGGCACUGGGGUGGGGGGGUGGAGUGGGCAUUUGAAGACCUAAUCAAGUUCAACGUUUGGAACACUGAGUGUUCAUUGUUACGGAAAUCUGAAAGACUGAGUAAUACAGGAACUUAAUCAUUGAUGAUGAACUGAAUCAUUGAUUGAUGAAGAAAAGAAAAAACAAAACGAAAAAAAAAAAACUUGUGUAUCCCUUGAAUCAGGAUCCAGGCUAGAAUCAUUACAUUUAAGCACAGUAUAGGAAACAUUCCCCUCUCCUCUUUUUAAAUAUAUUACAUCAGAAAUUAAAUCACACCCAAACAUAUUUAACAGAAGUAAGCCUUAAAUAAUCACUAUUGCUAAGCAGUGUUGUGAUUGUGGUUUAGACUAAAUUAGUGAUAAGUGUCCUUAUAUUUAUACCUAAAAUACAUCAGACUUGGAUCUCAGUGACACCAGAGACUUAUUGGUUCAAGUGAGGUUUGUGAACUCAUUUUCAUUCUGUGGCUUAAAGCUUUGUAUCCCUUCUUACAUUUAACUGUGUGUACUAGUGUCCGCUUGUAUCCCUAAUAGUGGUAUGAGCAAGGUAUUGUGUAUUAUUAAGAGGAAACAGUAUUUAGUUAGCUGUGGGCUCGUCACAACUGUGCACAUUCUGAGCAUGUACAGUCGUUAUGUAUUUCAACAUAGGCAAUCAUAGGUUCAGGUUUUUAAGCUUUUUCUCCAAAAAAAUUGUUAUAAGAGUACACUAUAACUGUAGUCAUUCUAGGUGCAACAUUUUCCUGUCCAGCUCCUGGAGUGGCCCUGCACUGCAUAUUUUUCUGUUUCUUUUCCUGCCCUAGGAUACUCAUUUUAACCCAAUGAAGGUCUUUUUUUUUAACAAGCUGAAGAGUUGAGUCUUGUGUGGGGAGCAGGGAGAAUGCUACAGUUUGCAGGACAGGGGUGCCAAAGGACCAGGAUUGAUGAGCACUGCUCUAGUGAGAAGGCUGAAGUUUUUCAAAGCACUUUGUUUCAGUAGAGUUAAGCCACAGAAAUAUAUAUAUAUAUAAUAUAUAUAUAUAUAUAUAUUAUAUAAAUAAAUAAUGUAUGUGUUACCAGGAAGGAUCAUUCCAUUAUCCAUUUAUAAUAAAUGCUGUUGCCUCCAAUGAAAAUAUUUUGCAGAUUUUGGUCCAUUGGUCUCUGGCUGACAGCUAAUUGUCUCUAGACUUGCUUGGAGAGGUGUUCUUCAGUCCCAGUCUUGGAGAACUACAGUGCUGCACAGAUUAUUCCCUGAUUCAACACCUCUGCUAAUUAUCAAGCCUUUCAUGAGUUUAAUUGAGUUUGUAUGAGUGGGGAGAACAUUUAAACUGUGCUGUGCUUUGGCUCUCUAGAACUAGGAAUGAGCUGCGCUGUGCUAGAGUUCUCUUUAGGAGUAGCAGAAGUGAGUAAUGUCCUGUCUCUGUCAUGCUGCCAAAGUCAAAAGCUUAUCACUUCUAUGCCUUUAGCUUAUCAUUUUGCGACUUGUUCUUAGAAGUGAAGGUAAUGGGUGCAUAUUGAUGGCCCACAGUGAAGUAGUUAGACUGAUUUUGUCAGCCUAAUGGUUUAUCAGGACUGAUUUGCAGUCAGCCUUUGCACAAGAAUCAACCUUAAUGGCUGUAAAAAUGUAUAUUAGCUUUAUUUUGGGGGAAGUGAGCGAGAAGAGUGUAAUAAAUUAUUUUAUUGCCUAUGUAAUAUAGAAUCAGAGUACCUUGAUUAAGUACCUAAUUAACUGCAGUCUAUACAAAACAUUUUGUUUAACACAAGGAAUAUUUAUCACUAGUGUGUCAUUCACGAUGGCUCUUUCAAAUAAUUAAAGUUUGGCAUACUCUUGUUUUUAGAAAUGCCUCCAGGCUGUCUCUCCUCCCCUCUUCUUUUUAGCUAUCGCCACGAGAUUGACCCCAUGCACAAACUUCGCACACUGGUGUCUUUCAUGUUGUAGGUACAUUUUAGACUCUUAUAGCAGUAAUAUUUAUCUCCAUUAGGUUUUUUUUUUUUAUUUAAAUGAUGGAAAAAAAAUACCAAACUAGAAAACGUUAUUUCCUUAACAAGGUGGAAAUAAAAAUUCAACUGUAGUUGUAAUGUGUAGCUUCUCAAGCUUUCUCUCUAACCUCUGAAAUGUGAAUAUACACAAAUAAAUCUAAUUUUAUAAUGAGUAUAAAGAUUAUUGUAAAUUGGACUAUGUAAUAUACAUCUAAUGUAAUGGUAUAAUAAAUCAACUUGGUGCAACCUUUAUAA